ACCAGUUAUCCAUAAUAUCAAAUAAAUCAUUUUCAUCUUUAGUAAAUUUACCAAGUGCUAUAGUCAUAGUGAUCCUCCUAUUCAACAACUUCAACUAUUUCCGAACACCUCAUAGCAUUUUCAGGGUCUUCAAGCUUCUAUGAUUUGAUUUCCACUUUGGUCCUCUCCCUGCAAGUCCAUACAAUUUGAUGAUAUUCAAGAGACCCUUGUGAUUUUUUUGAUAAAGAUUACCCACUCCCAUCACUCUCUCCGGCAUUGCCACCGCGUGUACAAGCAGCUCUGGUUACGUGUCAGGAAAUGGAGAUAUCAUGCUUGUUUUGCACGUGUCGAAUGCCCUUCAAACCCACCUCCAUGCAAAUGUGGCAACUGCAAGAUGUUCUUGUCUUGGUCCCUCUAUAAAAUUAUUCCUUUUUUUUUUCUCGAUGGUUAUCUUUUUCUGUCAAGUAAGUAACUGACUAAUAGAAACUUGUUUUCGGUCUCAUCUCUGGCAGUUUCUGUUUUCGCUAUGGAGUCACAAAUGGCACGCCCACAUGAUUUUCAUGACCAUGAACAUGGUCCCAACAAUGUUGGACUGCAUCCUGAGGGUGAAGAUGAGCAUCGCCAUGAGAAGAAGUCAGUGUUGAAGAAAGUGAAGGAAAAAGUCAAAUUACAUGGUCAUGGCCAGGAAGAACAUCAUGAAGUUCAUGUGCCUGAUGAUCAUGACUUGUAUGAGGAAGAUGAUGACGAGGAUGAAGAAAUGGUUGGGGACCCAGAAGUUCAUGGAGCCUCAGCCUAUAGUUCUGCUUCACUUAGAAGCUCAGCCCAUGGACAAGGGGGAAGGUUAGGUGGCCCUAGGACAUAUUAUGGAGGUCCAACAACAAUGCAAGAAGAACAUACAGGCAGUGAUCCCAUAAAGAGCUCUGUUCUUGGACAAGAGGAAGAUGAGUCAGCACCACCAAAGGUUCUUCUCGAAAGGACAACUGCUAUUAAAGAAGUACCUCAUGCCCCAGUUAAUUCGCCUGCAUCUAUUUCUCCUGCUGAUCCCGUUAAAGGUUUUGUUCAUGAACAAGAGAGGAUUCUAGGGCAACCUGAAGUUAAUUUGGAAGUACCAGUAGGGUUGGAGGAGGAUCCUCACGCCCCAAAGGAGACUUGUGGAUCAUGCUCCUUCCAAUUAUUAGACUGCCUUUUUGGAGGAAAAGAGGCUGGAAUAACUCCAAUGCUUCAGUCUUUUGACAAAAUGAAUAUCUAUGAUGAUUCAAAACAAGGAGAAAAAAAGAACUCACCUGUCAGACCGCGUGAUGCUCAGCCCUCUAUGUUUCCCACUGGGAGCCAUGACCAAUUUUCUGCAGAACCAACUCCCCCAAUUUCCAUUAACCCCAAAGAGAACCCAGAAUCAGGUUCAGAGUCUAUUGAUUCAUUGAAAAUCAAGGAGCAACCAGGAGGUGACAUUGCUGAGAAACCAUCAUACCAGAGCAGCAACACUGGAAAAACCUCCUCUGCCACUUCUGCACUUGCUGAUAAAGAAAAAGCUGCUACAAAUGUCAUAGCUUCCAAGCUUGGAUAUAUAGAGAGAGACGAUAAUAUUCAAGAACAUGAAGUGGCACAUGAAGGACAAAAUGCUGCGAAGCCAGCAUCUUCAGUGGAAUAUGGAAAGAAAGUUGCUGCAACUGUGACAGAGAAACUCACUCCAGUGUAUGAAAAAGUUGUUGGUUUAGGCAGUACUGUGAUGUCAAAAGUCUAUGGCAAUACUAACACUAGCACCAACACCAGCAAUGAAGCAGACAACAUGAUUAAAGGGAAAGAUAAAGGGGUGUCAGUGAAAGACUAUUUCGUGGAGAAGUUGAGUCCUGGAGAAGAAGACAGGGCGCUUUCUGAAGUUAUUUCGGAGACUUUGAACAAGGGGAAGGCUGAGGCAGUGACAGAGUCGGAGGAGGUGAAGAGGAGGUUAGAGAGUAGUAGUACAGAAGAGUAUUCUGGUGAAAGGGUGGAUUCAGGCUCUGUGCAUAUUCCUGAUAAAACUGUGGUUGGUAAGCUUAAAGGUGCUGUUGGUUCUUUGUUUGUCAAAGGUGAAGGGUCCAGGGCAUCUCAGCAGCAUCCACUUAGUUCCUCCAAUGCAGCAGUUACUCAAGCGCUUUCUUCUACUUAUGCUAGUGGAGAAGAAAUAGGGGAUAGGAGACUUCAGGAGUCAGGAAACUGAGGAGCAAGCAAUGUCUACUAAGAUAGACUGUGUUUUUAACAUAGCUGGUUUUUCUACUAAUUAUGAAAAGUUUGUUUUCCUUAAGUGUUGUGUGGAUGGAACUGUAAUGAAAUUGUAAUGGCACCGCAUGGAUGUAUAAAUUGUUGUGGACACUAUGGAAAACCAUUUUAUCUAACUCUCAAGAUCUGCUAUGGUCCAUCAUGUUAUAUAUUUUCUUAAAUAUAUAUUAUAAAUUUUUUAA